UUUGGAAAGUAUUAGACCAGAAUCUGAAGUAAACCUGCUAGAAUGGUGGCGCUGUCGAGCAAGCUUGCUCUGGGAGCUGGAUGCUAUUGGGGGACUGAAAAGUUUAUUGUAAAGGAUUUUCAGAAGCAAUACCCCGGGUCCAUUAAAAAUGCCAAGGUCGGUUUCAUGAGCCCCGAUCCAAACGCAAUGGAAAACCCCUCGUACCGCCAAGUUUGUUCCGGGGCGACCGGCCACGUGGAGGUUCUUUGGGUCGAAUUAAAAGAUCCCAGUACAACGUUUGAGCCGUUGAUUCGUUUCUUUUUCCAGUUUCACGACCCCACUACUCUGAACUCACAAGGAAAUGAUGUUGGUACUCAAUACGCUUCGGCCAUAUUUUGCGAAGACGAGCCUCAGAAACGAAUUGCGGAAAAGGUCAAAGCGGAACUGCAAGACCUUCUGGAUGCUGGUAAAAUUAGUAACUACCGGUCCAACAAAGUCGAGACAAGUAUAGUUGAUACCAACCCCUUUUUCCCAGCUCACGAGGAACACCAAGCGUACCUCGAUAAAAACCCUUCUGGAUACUGCAAUCACUUUUACAGAUUCAAAGCUUGGCCUUCGUCGAAAGACGAACUCUAAGGAAUCCUAAGAUGUUAGCAGUCGUAGAUACUCGUCG